GUAUUAAUUGUUUCCUUUUGUUUCUCUUUUUUGUUUCGAUAAUUAAUUUGAUUUGAUUGAGAAAAAUCGGAAAAAAAUUUUCCAUUUAAAAAUGAUUACCAUCGAUCAUAAUGAACAUCAAUGUUCAACAAAAAUUAUUGAUGACGAUCAUCGAUCAAUACAAAAAAUAUCAACAAAUUAUACAACAAAAACACCAUCAUUUUUAAUAAUAAUGCCUUCAAAAUUUUUAACAUUAAAAUUUUUAUAUCAAUCACCAAUAAGUGUAUUAUUGACCAAAGAUUCAAAAAAUGGUAAAGAUAAUUGUGAAAUUCGUAAAGCUAAAAAUGAUCCAAAUUUAAAGAAUGAUGAAUUAUUAUCGAAAUAUGUAUUAUCAAUACCGAAAGCAAUGCGUAUGAAUGGUUUAUUGUUACAAGGUUAUCUUGUUUAUCCAAAAGUUUUACGUCGAAUUGAAAAUUUUGAAAUACGUAAUGAUGAUAUUUGGCUUUGUACAUAUCCAAAAUCUGGUACAACAUGGACUGAAGAAAUAUUAUCAUUAAUAUUUGCUAAUGGUGAUAUUGAUGCUUGUUCGAAAAAAAUUAUUGCAGAAAGAGUUCCACAUUUGGAAAUUGGUAAACCAUUUGGUCAUUUAAAAUGGUUACGAUCAUUUCGUUCACCACGUUUAUUGGCAACACAUUUAAAUGUGGAAAAUAUUCCCGGACAAUUACGGCAAGGAAAAGCUAAGAUCAUAUAUGUAGUACGUAAUCCAAAAGAUAAUGCCGUUUCUUAUUAUCAUCAUCAUCGUAUUAGUACAUUUUUGGGCAAUUAUUCUGGUACAUGGGAUGAUUUUGUUGAAUUAUUUGCUAAAGGACAUUUAGUAUAUGGAUCAUGGUUAGAUCAUGUACGUGGUUUUUGGGAAUUAUAUCAACAAAAUCCUGAUUCAGUUUUAUUUGUUUCAUAUGAAGAACUUAAAGUGGAUUUGAAAAGAAUGAUUGGCAUUAUUUGUGAUUUUGUUGGCCAUCCAUUAACCGAAAAGCAAAUCGAUCGUAUAACAUUACAUUGUACAUUUGAAAAAAUGCGUAACAAUAAAAUGGUAAAUCGUGAAGAAUUACCUGUUGCCGAUCUAUUCGAUAUGAGUAAAACAAAAUUCAUGCGAAAAGGUAUUAUCGGUGAUUGGCGUAAUAAUUUUACAGCUGAACAAAGUCAACGAUUUGAUCAGAUUUUCGAACCAGAAUUAAAACAAAUGCAAUUACCAAUUGUUUAUGAUCAUGAUGAUGCGGAAAAAAUUAUGAAUAAAUAUGGCCGUAUUAUUCGACAACAACCGAUUAAUGAAUAAGCCAAAAUCACAACCAUCAAAAAAAACAUCACCAAAUCAUCAUUCAUUCAAUUCAUUCAUUCAUCAAAAUCAAUCAUUUAUUUAA